GACACGCGCUCACCCCGCGCUCACCCCGCGCUCACCCCGCGAUGGCGGACUCCGACCUGCAGCUGGUGGCGCGGCGCAUCCGCAGCUUCCCGGACUUCCCCGUGCCCGGCGUGCUGUUCAGGGAUAUCUCGCCCGUCCUGAAGGACCCCGACUCCUUCCGCGCGUCCAUCCGCCUCCUGACGAAUCACCUGAAAGAGACCCACGGCGGCAAGAUCGACUACAUCGUGGGCCUAGACUCCCGAGGCUUUCUGUUCGGCCCCUCCCUGGCCCAGGAGCUUGGCUUGGGCUGCGUGCUCAUCCGAAAGCGAGGGAAGCUGCCCGGCCCCACGGUGUCCGCCUCAUACACGUUGGAAUAUGGGAAGGCUGAGCUGGAAAUCCAGAGAGACGCCUUGGAGCCAGGGCAGAAGGUGGUCGUCGUGGACGAUCUGCUGGCCACUGGGGGAACCAUGCAUGCGGCCUGUGAACUGCUGGGCCGGCUGCGGGCGGAGGUGCUGGAGUGCGUGAGCCUGGUGGAGCUGACCUCGCUGAAGGGCAGGGAGAAGCUGGGGGCCGUGCCGGUCUUCUCUCUCCUGCAGUACGACUGACCCACCCUCCCCGCUCUGGCCGAGAGGAGUUCCUGCCUCGUGGCUGGCCGAUGGCCGCCAGGGGGCGCUGGCCACCCGUCUGGACUUUUUUUUUAAACUUUUUUGCAGUUGCCUUUUUCUACCGCCCGGGGCCCUUCCUGCAGGUUCUGGAGGUGCC